UUUAGUGCUUUGAUGUUUAGAACAGCGAGAAUAGCGACGACUGCAAAGAUGCCUACUCCAUUCGCCAACGUACCACUAGCUCCUCCAGACAGUAUCUUCAAGCUUACUGCUGCAUUCAAACAAGACAGCAACCCUAGCAAGGUUAAUCUGGGUGUCGGUGCAUACAGGGACGAUACAGGAAAGCCUUGGAUCCUCCCUUCCAUCAAGAAGGUAAAGUCUGACUACCUCACUAACGAGACAAUCGACCACGAGUAUCUGCCGAUCCUCGGUUUGCCAGAGUACACACAAUCUGCUGCCAAGCUCAUCCUUGGCGACUCAUCAAAAGCCAUCUCAGACAAGCGUGUCGUUUCCGCUCAGACUAUCUCCGGUACCGGAGCUAACCACAGUGCAGCUGCUUUCUUAGCAAAGCACUACGACUUCACCUCAUUCGGUAUCAAGAAGCAAAUCUACGUCUCCUCACCAACUUGGGCCAACCACCACUCUAUCUUCGCAAACGUCGGCCUUGAACCAGUCAACUACCCAUACUAUGACAAGAACACCAUCGGUUUGGACUUUGAUGGCUUAGUCAACGCCCUCAAGCAAGCUCCAAAGGGUAGUAUCUGGUUGUUGCACGCCUGUGCACACAACCCAACCGGUGUUGACCCUACAUUGGAACAAUGGAAGCAGAUCGCCCAAAUCUUCCAAGAACGUCAAUUGUUCGCCUUCUUUGACUGUGCUUAUCAAGGUUUCGCUUCAGGUGAUCUCAACAAGGACGCCGCUGCUGUUAGAUACUUUGUUGAACAAAACAUUCCACUCUUAAUCUGUCAAUCCUUCGCAAAGAACGCUGGUUUAUACGGUGAACGCACAGGUGCUCUCCACUUUGUCGGCAAGGACGCUGAUGAGACUGAGCGCCUUCGCACUCAAUACUCGGUCUUCCAAAGAGCAGAAAUCUCUAACCCACCUGCAUUCGGUGCUAGAUUGGUUUCAGCUUUGCUCAACGACAAGUCAAACUUUAGCCAAUGGGAGAAGGAUAUCAAGACAAUGGCUGACAGAAUUAUCAAAAUGCGUGAAAUCCUUUUUGAUCAAUUGAACAACAAGCUCAAGACACCUUCACCAAAUGGAAACGGUUGGGGACACAUCACCUCACAAAUUGGUAUGUUCUCAUUCACUGGAUUGAACCCAGAGCAAUGCCAGAAGCUUAUUGAUAAGCACCACAUCUACCUCACAGCUAAUGGACGUAUCUCUAUGGCUGGUUUGAACUCAUCAAACGUUGAAUACGUCGCAAAGUCGAUCGACGAUGUAAUCAAGAACUAGAUAUACUUGUACUAUCUAAAUGAAUAAAUUAAAUUUCCCC